AUGGAUUUAGAGUCCAAUUCACAACCCCUUAAGCCGCCUCUGACGGAUCAGAAUGUGCAAGAUGCACAGGAUCUCGCUGCCCUGGGCCAUUCCCAGGCCCUGACCCGCAAGUUCGAUAUGUGGAGUAUGCUAGCGCUGGCAUUCUGUGUUCUCGGAACAUAUUCAACCUUCGCUCAGGAUCUCAGUAGCGGCCUUACCAAUGGCGGUGCUAUCACUAUUCUUUGGGGUCUGGUGCUGGUCACGGUGUGCAAUCUUUGCGUGGCGCUCUCGCUGGGCGAGUUGACUAGCAGCAUGCCCACUGCUCUCGGCCAGGCCUAUUGGGUGUAUCGACUUUGGAAUACACCACUCGGCCGCUUUGUUUCGUAUAUGUGCGCCUGGAUCAACACCUUUGGAUGGUGGACAUUGACUGCGUCGCAAGUCGCCUUUAUGACUGAAUUCCUGCUGGGCAUGAAGACCAUGUUUAAUCCGGAGUGGGAUGGAGCCAACAAGGGCUGGCUCAACUUCGUCGUAUACAUCGGCGUCGUCUUUGUGUUGACUCUCAUCAACGUGGUGAGUUGUCGCAAGGAGAAGAUUCUUCCUUGGCUUAACAACUUCGUCGGAGUGUGGUUUUUCGGCUUGUUUAUCGUUCUCUCUCUUACUCUGCUCAUCUCGGUCGGUACCAAGGCCAAUUUGUCUUUCCAGCCACCUUCCUUCGCUUUUGGAGCUUGGAAGAAUGAGACUGGCUGGAGCGAUGGUGUGGUUUGGUUUACCGGUCUGGUGCAGGCUGCAUAUGGAUUGACCGCGUUUGAUUCGGUCAUUCAUAUGGUUGAAGAAAUUCCUGCACCACGGAAGAACGCACCCCGUGUCAUCUGGAUGGCUGUCCUCUUUGGCGCCGUGACUGGAUUCAUCUUCAUGGUGGUCUGUCUGUUCUGCAUCCAGGAUGUGGACAGUGUUCUCAACGCCGACCUGCCCUUUAUUGAGCUGAUGCUCGAAACAGUCGGUCAGAAGGGCGCCGCCGUCCUCAUUUCCCUCUUCAUCUUCAAUGGACUGGGCCAGGGCAUUAGUGUUCUUACAACUGCUUCUCGUCUGUCUUGGGGCUUUUCCCGUGAUGGCGGCGUGCCCUUCAGCAAGUACUUCAGCCACGUCGACCCAGUGUGGCAAGUUCCAGCCCGGGCUCUCUGGGGCCAGGGAGUCAUCAUCGGUCUCGUCGGCAUUCUCUACCUCUUCGCCAACACAGUGCUGGAGGCCAUCCUGAGUGUCAGUACCAUCGCUCUGACAGUCUCCUAUGCCAUGCCCAUCCUGGCACUAUUGGUGACUGGUCGCGAGAAGCUACCGCCCGGCCCAUUCAAGCUCGGUCGCAUUGGCCCAUUGUUGAACUGGGUCAGUAUCAUCUACUGCAUCAUCACCACCAUCUUCUUCCUUUUCCCCGGUGCUCCGAACCCAGCACCCAGUGAUAUGAACUUCGCUAUUGCGGUAUUUGGAGUCAUGUUGGUUAUUGCGCUUGCUUUCUGGUUCAUCCAGGGUAGCCGGACUUACCUCCAGACGGAAGAUUCCAUCGCUUCUAUGGUCUACGCUCACCACUUGGAGCUCAAUGAGCCUGGGGCAGAGGAUCGGCCUGUUGUCCAGGCUCCAACCGUGGUUGAGGAGAAAUAA